AUGGUGCGAAUUACAGAGGACCUUAUCAGAAAGCGAGCUGAGCACAACAAUUGUGAGCUGUCCACACUAGAGGAAGUCUCAUUACAUCAGCAGGAUGUGGAGAGGAUAGAACACUUGGACAAGUGGUGUCGAGAGUUGAAGAUUUUGUAUUUACAAAGCAACCUGAUACCCCAAAUUGAGAAUGUAGGUCGAUUAAAGAAGCUAGAAUAUCUCAACAUGGCCUUGAAUAAUGUGGAAAGAAUUGAAAAUUUGGAAGGUUGUGAGUCUUUAAAGAAAUUAGAUCUGACGGUAAACUUUGUGGGAGAAAUCAGCAGUAUCAAGAACUUGAAGGAGUUGUGUCAUUUGCGAGAGUUGUUUCUGGUGGGAAACCCUUGUGCUCAGUUUGAUGGUUACAGAGACUAUGUGAUAGUCACACUACCUCAGCUCAAGUAUUUGGAUGGACAGGAGAUAGAGAAGUCUGAGAGAAUCACAGCAGCUCAGAAUUACGAAAAUGUUGUCAAGAAAAUAAAACUACAAGAAGAAGAGCACAGGAAGACAAGGGAAAAGCAGAAAAAUGAAGCCAAAGAGAAAAAGGAGAAGACUAAGAAAGAGAAGAAAGCUGGAUUUGAUGGUAGAUGGUAUACAGAUAUCAACAACACUGUCAGAAGUGAGGAUGAAAACAAUGAAAACAAGAAAGGUGAUGAUUCAGGUGAUGAAGAAGAGUUGAAUAAAAAAGCUCAAGAAAAGAAGGACAAAGAGUUUUGGGAAGAGAAAACAGCCUUUACUCCUGAAUCUAGGAUGGAAGUCCAUGAGUUUAUGCAACAGCAGAGGCAGAGAGAUGAGCAAAAGAACAAAAAACCAGAAAAGCCACCACGGCGACUAUUUGCUGAUGACGGCCGGGCUUUUAAUGUGAAUGAGCCAAAGAUUGACUUCACCCUGACUGAUGAUGAUGACAACAACAUGGUGCUAGACUUGGCCACAUUUCGGUUUCUUGAUACGUCGCUGAUAGACGUGGAUGUCCAGACAAACUAUGUGAGGGUUGUCAUUAAGGGAAAGUAAGUUGCUAUGAUCACAUUCGCUUAUAUCGUAUCAUACUUG